AAAAAUGCAGGAGAGAUUUUCUGAUCUCAAUGCUUUAAAAUUGAGAGAAUAUAAUAAUAAUAUAAAAAACAAAAUAAAUAAAUAAGGAGGAAAACAAGACUGUCGUUUCUCCUACUCUCUCCGAUGCUCUUAGAUUUAUCCUACCUUUGAUCGCUGAAAAAGUAGCUCAAAUCUGCUAAGGAAUGGCAUCAAUGGUUGCAAAGGCGUGUACUAGUACAACAACUACUACUACUCAGAUAUCACAAGUUAUGAAAGUGUCGGAAAAAGGGAGUAGGAAUAAGAGGAAAUUCAGGGCUGAUCCACCUUUAGCCGAUACGAAUAAGAUCAUCCCUACAACUCAGAAUGAAUGCACGAGUUAUGAAUUUUCUGUAGAUAAAUUUGGAAUAAUCCCAAGCCAUGGGAACUCCAGCGGGUGUGAUAUGUGUAGUGUAAAACAUGACAAAUCAGAAGGUUUGAAACUUGACCUCGGAUUAUCAUGUGCAGUAGGGUCAUCGGAUGUAGAGCCUAGUCGGGCAAGAGAGGAUGUUGAAGCAACUGAAGAUUUUCGUGAUGCUGACUGGAGUGAUCUCACGGAAUCUCAGCUGGAGGAGCUUGUAUUGAGUAACUUGGAUGCAAUUUACAAGAGUGCGAUUAAGAAAAUAAUAGCUUGCGGUUAUAGUGAAGAGGUUGCAAAUAAGGCUGUGUUGAGGUCUGGUUUUUGCUUUGGGAGCAAGGACAUUGUGUCGAAUAUAGUGGACAAUGCACUAGCGUUUCUCAACAGUGGCCAAGUAAUUGAUUCAUCGAGGGAGUAUUAUUUUGAGGACUUGCAACAGAUGGAAAAGUAUGUAUUGGCUGAAUUAGUUUGUGUUUUGCGGGAGGUUAGGCCUUUUUUCAGCACUGGUGAUGCAAUGUGGUGCCUAUUAGUAUGUGACAUGAAUGUGUCCCAUGCGUGUGCAUUGGACACUGAUCCUUUGAGUAGCUUUGUAGGGGACGGGGCUUCGAAUGAAAAUUCAUUGGCUUCUUUGCAACCUCCAUUGAAAGCAGAGGCUAAAAGUAUCGAAUCUAAUGCUUCAAUUUCUUGUAAAUCAACUCCUUCAGCUUUUUGUGCUUAUUGUCCAUCAGUCACACCUGACACUGUUUCAACUCCAUAUGGGCACACCUUUCUGUCGGACACACCUGCAGCUGCAGCAGCAGCACUUCCACAUGUAAAACCUCAUUCUUCUGCUCUCAAUGGGCUUAUGACUGAGAAAGAAUGUUCAAAUAAUUUGUUUAACACCGCUGAAAAGCCCUUUAGUGCAGCUGGAACAUCCCAUGGUCUACACGCAGAGAAGUUUGUUGGCAGUCGGAAAAUUUCUGGAACCACCAAGAGGGAGUAUAUUCUCAGACAGAAAUCUAUUCAUCUGGAGAAACACUACAGAACAUAUGGUUCUAAAGGGUCUAGAUCUGGAAAGCUUAGUAAUUUUGGUGGAUUUCUGUUGGAUAAAAAACUCAAGGCUGUGGCUGACUCCACUGGAUUGAAUCUGAAGAAUGCCACAAUAAAUAUGAACAAGACUAAUUAUGUUGAAGGCCAUAAUGUCUCGACAAGCACUGGAUUUUCUUCAACUCCCAUGUUUGGUUCAGAGAAUGCUAAUGCCACCUUUGCAUUGCCUAAAUCAACCAUCCCAUCUCUAUUUCCACCAGUCAAUACCACUCCUUCACUAUCAGUCACUGACACUGAGAAUUCUCUCCCAGUGCCUGCAAAAUGCAUCUCAAUCCAAAUGCCUAUCAACCAUAGUGAUGAGGUGCCUACCUGUGGUAGCACUGCAGAAAAUGAAAAACACAUCACUCAAUGGGCUACACAGGACAAGAAAGAUGAAAUGAUUUUGAAGCUGGUUCCAAGGGUGCGUGAAUUACAAAAUCAGCUUCAAGAGUGGACAGAAUGGGCUAAUCAGAAGGUUAUGCAAGCUGCCCGUAGACUAAGCAAAGACAAAGCUGAGCUUAAGACACUCAGGCAGGAGAAAGAAGAAGUUGAGAGGCUCAAAAAAGAAAAGCAAACUUUGGAGGAAAACACUAUGAAAAAGCUGACAGAGAUGGCUAGUGCCUUGGGUAAGGCCAGUGGGCAGGUGGAUCGAGCUAAUGCUGCCGUCCGUAGGCUUGAGGUUGAGAAUGCUGCAUUAAGGAGGGAAAUGGAAGCUGCUAAAUUGCAUGCAGCAGAGUCAGCUGUAAGCUGUCAAGAGGUAUCAAAGAGAGAAAAGAAGACACUUGCGAAGUUUCACUCCUGGGAAAAGCAAAAAAUUAUGCUCCAGGAUGAACUUGCAACUGAAAAACGAAAGUUGGCUCAGCUGCAACAAGAUCUGGAGCUAGCUAAGGAUCUCCAAAAUCAAAUUGAGGCUAAAUGGAAGCAAGAAAAGAUUGCAAAGGAAGAAUUACUUUCACAGGCAAGCUCACUAAGGAAAGAGAGAGAACAAAUUGAGACUUCUUUUAAAUCCAAGGAAGAUAUGAUAAAAUUGAAAGCAGAAGACAACUUGCAGAAGUAUAAAGAGGAUAUUGAGAAGCUAGAAAAGGAAAUAUCCCAGUUGAGGCUGAAAACUGACUCAUCAAAAAUAGCUGCUCUUAGAAGAGGCAUAGAUGGAAGCUAUGCAAGUAAAGUGACAGACCUCAAAACUCCUCCAGAGCCAAAGGAAAGCCAUACACAUCAUAUUUCAAGAUUGAUAGCAGACUUUCGUGAUUUCUGUAACACUGGUGGGGUGAAGCGGGAACAUGAGUGUGUCAUGUGUUUGUCUGAAGAGAUGUCUGUCGUUUUCCUUCCAUGUGCCCACCAGGUAGUAUGUACAACAUGCAAUGAGCUCCACAAGAAUCAGGGGAUGAAAGACUGUCCUUCUUGUAGGAGCCUAAUCCAGCAGCGUAUUUGUGUACGUUUCGCUCACUCUUAGCUUACUUCUGGAAGAGAGAUAAGUUAUCAAAAAUAAUGAUUUGUUGUGGAACUCCUGCAUACGAAUAAUGCACUUGGAUAACCUUUCAAAAACAAUAUUAUACUGUAGUUUGUGUCCAUGACUGACCAAUUAAAUUAAGAAAAAAAAAAAAUACUAUAGAGAUAAAGUGAGAUGCUUAUGCUAUGUGUGAGGUUUGUAAAUCAUGUUCUCUUCACAUGAAUAAAGUUUGUGGCUUUCUUGUUACAA